UAAGAUGUUUGACUCCAUAUGACAAUGUUCAAUCUAAGCUUGUUCGCCUAUGUCCGAAAGAAAUUAUUGUUGCAAUUAACAAACCGAAUCCUAAUGCGAAUAGCCUUUAUCAAAUUAAUUAUAAGACUGUCCGUAAGAAAGUCUAUAUAAAAGAAGAAAAUUCUAAUGAUUGGAGACCGAUAAUUAGUUAUGGAAUGAAAGAUGUCAGAUCUUCAAGGAUAAUUUCUAUAGAUAACAAAGGGACGAUUUAUUUAGUUGAUUCGCGUGAUAGUGAAUUCUCUGCCAUAUAUAAAUUAAACACGUGCGAUAAAGAACUGAGGGAAGUUGCAAGGCCACCAAAUCAAAAAGCAGAUAUUAAUAAAAUUCUUCUUCAUCCAAAAACCAAAAGGCCUAUCGCAUAUUCUGUCACUUAUCUUAAAGAUAAAUGGUAUCACAUUGAUGAAAAAAUAUUUUAUGACUUGGAUUUUUUAAGAAAAUUUAAUGACGGUGAACUCGACAUACUUUCUCAAUCUUUGGAUAAUAAAAUUUGGACCGUAGCUUUUGAAAGUGGAAAUCAACCUCCAAAGCACUACCUUUAUAAUCGCGACAAUAGAUCUAUUUAUCAUUUAUUUGAUGCUUACCCGAAAUUAGAAAAAUAUACAUUAGCCCAAGUUUUCCCUUUAGUAAUUAGAUCCAGGGAUAAUCUAGAUUUAGUCUGUUAUCUUACACUUCCAGCCGGAAAAUAUGACCCUUCAACAGAAUGCAAACCAAAAAAACCUUUGCCAUUAAUUUUACAUGUUCAUGGUGGUCCUUGGAAUCGUGAUUACUAUGGUUUCAAAGCCGAUUCUCAAUUUUUUGCAAAUCGUGGUUAUGCUGUAUUAAAUGUAAAUUACCGUUCUUCCGUUGGCCUAGGCAAAUCUUUAAUUCAUGCUGGUGUUGGUCAAUGGGGAAAACAAAUGAACGAUGAUUUAAUUGAUGUAGCAAAAUGGGCAAUUUCUGAAAAAAUUGCUAUAGAAAAAAAAAUUGCAAUUUAUGGUGGAAGUUACGGUGGAUUUGCUUCAUUAGCUGCGCUUGCUCUUACAAAUAAAAAUAAUGAAAAUGAAAAGUUUGCAUUCGCUUGUGGAGUUGAAUUUUCCGGUCCUUUUGAUCUUGGUAAUAAAGUACUUGCUUAUAGUAAAAAUAAUUCAUAUUCUGUAUUAAAAAUAAACUAUCCAAUUAGAACUAUCCCUUCGUAUUGGAAACCAUCUUAUGAUGAAUUCGUAUACCGUCUAGGUGGCGAUCCUAAUACUGUGGAAGGAUUGAAACAUUUACAAUCUUGUAGUCCAUCAAAUUUUGCUGGCAAUAUUAAUAAACCUUUGUUAAUCGCCCAAGGUAAAAAUGACCCACGUGUGAAAUACGAUGAAAA